UCCAGCUAUCUGUUAUGGCUGUUUUUUUACCUCAUUUUCAUUAAGAUUGUUGCUCAUAUAUUUUCAUUUAUUUAGAAAUGCACCGUAGAGACAACAAAUUGAUGAAAUGGGAUUCUAUUAAUACGCAUUGAGUACCUUAAGAUGUGUCUAAUUUGAACAAACUUUGAUUCUCUCAUGAUACUUGCCAAAUUUUGUUCUGCAGAAAUUGGCUUCCUUUAAAUGAAUUUGCCUUGAUUUCUAAUGUGAAAAGUGAAAAUUUGCGUGUGUUUAUGUGCUGCACAAAAUGGUUAUUCCUAUUAGUUUUGCGAGACUUGGUGUUUGAAUUUGGCACUUCUUUUAUGGAUUGACUACUAGAUGUUUGAAUUUGAACUUCUUUUAUAUAUAUUUUAUUAUCGACAACUCUUAUGUGUUUCGGACUAAAAUUCAUUUUCCUUCAAAUUUUUAGAUCAAAAGUAAAUAAAACAAGUUCGAUAUUGCUUCAAAAGGUAGCUUUUCAAUUCCUUUUUAGGCGAAAUCAGAUUAUUUCAUGAUUGUUACUGCUAAUUAGAUAUUCUCCCACGGUUGUAACUUCAUUCUUGUUUUCAAUUCAUCUUUAGGCCCGUGUUUGUAAGGCUUUUUCCAUUACUUGUUAAUACAUUCCUUCUUGUUCUCUCAAAAUGCUUGGCGUUCCUAAGCCAAAGUUCCUUGCUCUCAGUUCUUAAACCAAUGUUUCUUGCUCGUGACUCCAGUUUACAAGUGAUAGCUGACCGUCAUUGUAGAAGUUAGAAUUUAAAAUCCUGGAUCCCGGUAGCAGGUCGCAGGUCUUAACUCCUGGAUUAGAUGUGGAGUAUCAAAGAUAAAUUAUCAACAAGGUUAAUGAAUAUUUGCGUAGCAUCUCUUUGUAAAGCCAAACAAUUGGAGAAAGCUGAAGCUGUAAUAGUUGAUGGCAUAAGAAUUGGAGUACAACCAGAUGUGGUCACUUACAAUACACUGAUUACUGCAUAUUGCCGCUUUAUUGGCAUUGAUGCAGGUUAUUCCAUCCUUUAUAGGAUGAAAGAGGCUGGGAUUAACCCUGAUGUUAUUACGUAUAACUCUUUAAUAGCUGGAGCUACCAGACAUUGCUUGUUAUCUCGAUGUCUCGAUCUGUUUGAAGAAAUGCUUGAGAUGAGUAUUCUUCCUGAUAUUUGGAGUUACAACACCUUAAUGCAUUGCUUCUUUAAAUUGAAUAAGCCAGAUGAGGCGUACAGGGUUUUUCAGGAUAUUCUUUUGAAAGAUAUUUCUGUUCAUCCAGCAACAUACAAUAUAUUAAUUAAUGGUCUUUGUAUGAAUGGGUAUACAGAGAAUGCCCUAAUGUUAUUUAGGAGUUUAAAACGUCAUGGAUUUAUUCCCCAAUUAGCAACUUACAACAUUCUUAUUCAUCGGCUGUGCAAGUCAGGACGGGGAAAAGCUGCAAGAGAGUUUCUCAACGAGUUGAUAGAAUCAGGUUAUAUCCCGAAUGCCAUAACUUAUACGACAGUAAUGAAAUGCUGCUUCAGAUGUAGACAAUUUGAAGAAGGCCUUAGGAUCUUUUCAGAGAUGAGAAGGAAAGGAUAUACAUAUGAUGCAUUUGCUUACUGUACAGUUGCAAGUAUGUUACUUAAAACUGGAAAGAUGAAUGAGGCCAACGAGUACCUGGGCUAUAUAAUUACAAAUGGUUUUGACCUUGAUAUGGUGUCUUUUAAUACCAUUGUUAAUCUAUAUUGUAAAGAAGGUCAGCUGGAUAAUGCUUAUAAGUUAUUGUACGAGGCAGAAAAAAAAGGGUUGGAGUCUGACAAGUACACCCACGCUAUCUUGAUUGAUGGCUUGUGCAGGACUGGUAAUUUCAGAGAGGCCCAGCAACAUUUGGACCAUAUGAGCAUGAUGGGUCUUGAUUCUAACUUAGUUGCGUUGAAUUCUUUUAUCAAUGGGUUGUGCAAAGCUGGUCACCUUGAUCAUGCUUUACGGAUGUUUGAAUCAAUGGAUGCCAAAGAUUCUAUAACUUACUCCACUAUGGUGCAUACUUUUUGCAAAGCCAGGAGAUUUCGUGCAGCAUCUAAGCUGCUACUAUCGUGUAUAAGAGGUGGCAUGAGGAUUCUUAAAUCAGAUAAACGUGGUGUUAUUGAUGGACUUCGUUGUUCUGGAUUUUCACAAGAAGCAAGGAAGGUCCAGUCUAAAAUUCGAUUGGCUAAGAUACUGCAUAAUUAAUUAAGGAUGAUGAUAAAAUUUGCCAGUGAAGUAUUAGCCUUAUUUAAUUGGCUAAGGUUUUGCAUUAUGACGCUUUAUGGAAGCUGAAAAACCUCAGGGAUCAUGCAACUGAAAAUAUAACCUACAUUAACCAGCUUUAAGUCAAGUACUCGAUCCUGUUGUAAGAGGUAAACACAGGGACACUGCUGUCAGGAGGUGUCAAUCACAUACCUUUCUUCACCCGAAGGAUAAUGCUGACAUGCUGUUAAAACUGUGAAGAGUUAUUAUGUGGAAGUAAAGGCAUGCUUAUUACAGAUGCUAAACAACAUGCCAGGCUCCGAAUCUGAAAUCAUUAGGCUGUUGCAUUUGGCUGAAGAUAAAUCAAAGAUUUUAAUGUGGAUGCACAAUGGGUUACUACUUGAGGAGAAGCUUGCCUAUUGAAGUUUGAAGUUGAGAUUGCACAAUUUCAAAGAUUUGGGACAAGUACGCCAGCUUCUAAAGCUUCUUUUGUCCAACGCCAUGAACUAAAUGUGAAUGAUCAUUAGGAAGAGUCAUUCUAAGACCACCUAUUAUAUCCCAAUAUAAAGGAUUAUUGGUAUUAAUCAUCGAGAAAUUCAUCCAAGGAUGACUUAGCAGAGAUGCCUCAUCCUAUCAGCGCACAAACCAAACAUGCAUUUUGAGGUGGCGAUACAUAAAGUGAGAAUGGGAUCUUUUUUAGCACUGCUCUGAAGCCAAAGGAAACUGAAGAGCUGUUGACGUAGCAGAUUACACAAGCAAAGAAAGGGCUACUCUGAUAUCAAGAAAUCAGUCUCCAGCCAGACCAAGAGUUGAACUUCACAGUCCAAACACUCAAGUUGCUUAUAAGGCUGGCUCAACCAAACUUCCACAAAUAGAUCUUUUAAGUACAAAAUCAUAUUACAUUUCCUUUUUAUAAUAAUCUCUCUUUUUAUAUAUUAAUCGUCUAUGAUAUGAUUCUUAUUGUUUUCCUGGUAGGUGUCAUUGCUUUUAGAUGCAAAAAGCCGUUCUAUGUUAGCACUACAACUUCCAUGAUAUACUGCUUAAUUGUUUCCCUGGUUUAGCCUUAGUGUCAUUACUUUUAGAUGAAAAAAAGUUCAUUCUCCCUGAACACCGCAAACGGUGCUCAAUAACUUGUGCUUCUUCACCUUAUUCUUUAUGUAUACAUUAUGCAAUUCACAUA